AUGGUAUACAUCAGCCCAAAUUUCAGAUGUUUGCCAGCACAUGUCUUGUUCCUUGUAGCUCUUGUCCUGUGCAUGUAUAUUCCUGCAAUGGCUUCAGGGAACGCCACUGACCAACAAGUUUUACUGGACAUAAAGAGCAGGAUUUCUCAGGAUCCAUUCCAGAUUAUGGCUGGUUGGAAUGAUUCUGUGCACUACUGCCUGUGGGAAGGUGUUAUAUGCAAUUCAUCCAAUGAUAGAGUCAUGAUCAUCAAUUUGUCAGCAAAGAAUUUGGUUGGUUCUGUACCCCAAUCCAUGGGCAACCUUACUUAUUUAACUGCUCUAAACCUGCCAAACAAUACUUUCCGAGGUAAGAUACCUCAGGAAAUUGGUCGCUUACUCCGGUUGCAGCAGCUCAAUCUGACUUGGAAUGCAUUCAGUGGAGAUAUUCCGGUGAAUUUAACUUACUGCACAGAGCUUAGAGUGCUUGAUUUGGACCAUAAUGAGCUUGUUGGGAAGAUUCCUGAGCAGCUUAGUUCACUGUCAAAGCUGGUGUUAUUUGGUCUUGGCGGCAACAACUUCACUGGUUCUUUGCCUGCUUGGAUUGGAAACUUUUCAUCUCUGCAGAAAAUCACACUUGCUUUUAACAGUUUUCAAGGACGUAUACCUCCCGAGCUUGGCCGCCUCUCAAGAUUAGGGUUUUUUCGAGUUUCUGGAAAUGAAUUAUCUGGUACGAUUCCUUCUUCAAUCUAUAACAUAUCAUCCAUUUACUACUUUUCUGUUACUCAGAACCAAUUGCAUGGGGAACUCCAACCAAAUGUUGGCCUUACCCUUUCUAAUCUUGAGAUAUUUGCCGGUGGGGUGAAUAAUUUUACUGGACAAAUCCCUGUUUCGUUAUCAAACGCUUCCAAGCUUGGCCUGGUAGAUUUUGCUCAAAAUGGCCUCACUGGAACAGUCCCUGCGGUUUUAGGAAAAUUGACAAAUUUGUUUAGGAUCAAUUUUGAUGAUAACAAGCUUGGAAGCAGGCAGAGUGGGGAUUUGGAUUUCAUUUCUUCCUUAACCAAUUGUACAGUUCUGGACGUUUUGGGAUUGGCAGGAAAUUCUUUUGGUGGAGAGUUGCCGAGUUCAAUAGCCAACCUCUCAGUUAACCUCAGCAUUCUCACCCUCGGUUCCAAUUUAUUCCACGGAAAGCUUCCUUUAGGAAUUGGAAAUCUUGUCAAUUUGAACGUUCUAGGGCUGGAAGAAAAUUUCCUAAGUGACAGCCUUCCUGAUAUCCUUGGAAAUUUUAAAUCUAUACAGGGGCUAGAAUUAAAUGACAACGAAUUCUCUGGGUGGAUUCCAUCUUCUAUCAGUAACUUGACAUCCUUAAACAGACUUUACCUGCAAAACAACAGACUAGAAGGAACGAUACCUCCAGAGCUAGGUAAGUGUAGAAGUUUGCUGGUUCUGAAUCUCACUGGGAAUAAUCUUAUUGGCGCCAUACCAGCAGAGAUCACUAGUCUAUCUUCUUUGUCCAUCUCUUUGGCCAUUUCACGAAAUUCUCUCAGUGGCUCGCUGCCUCUUGAAGUGGGCAAGUUGGUUAAUCUGAAUGAGUUGGAUUUAUCAAAGAACAAAUUAUCAGGUGAAAUUCCUAGCACCCUCAGCAGUUGUCUUAGUUUGGAGCGCCUUGUGUUGAGCGGUAAUUUGCUUCAUGGAACAAUUCCUGAGUCUUUGAAAACAUUAAGAGGUAUUGUGGAGAUGGAUUUUUCACACAACAACUUGUCAGGAGAAAUUCCAGAGUUCCUUAGUAAGCUGCCUUUCCUCAAAAAACUUGACCUCUCUUUCAAUAAUUUUGUCGGCAAAGUGCCUACUGAAGGAGUUUUUUCAAAUGCAAGUGAAUUUUCAUUAAUUGGAAAUGAAAAGUUAUGUGGUGGUGAUCCAGGCUUGAAUCUUCCUGAAUGCCCAGAAUUGGCACGUAGAACAGCCACGUUCCGUGAACUAAAAGUAUUAAUCCCUGUUAUUGUUUCUAUUGUUUUCCUGGUAUUCCUAUUUUGCGGUCUUGCUGCUCAUUUUGCUCUAAGGAGAUCAAGUGAAAGACCUUCAACAUCAACUCCGUCAACUGUAGAAGAUUGGGAACGUGGAAUUUCAUUUGAAAAAGUAUUUAGCUCAACAAACGGAUUCUCUGCAGACAACUUAAUUGGUUCAGGUAGUUUUGGUUCUGUAUACAAAGGAGUUCUAGAUGAAGAUGGUCCAAUUGUGGCAGUGAAAAUACUGAACCUCCAACAGAAAGGGGCUUCAAAGAGCUUCAUGGAUGAAUUGAGAGCUUUGAGAAGCAUAAGGCACCGUAAUCUACUCAAGAUCCUUGCUGCCUGCUCCAGCAUUGAUCCUCAGGGUAAGGAUUUCAAAUGCUUGGUCUUUGAGUUCAUGAGCAAAGGAAACCUGAACCAGUGGCUGCAUCAAAGAUGUGAUGAUCAAUGUCAACCAAGAAGUUUGGACAUUGUCCAAAGACUGAAUAUAGCUGUGGAUAUUGCUUCGGCUCUGGAUUAUCUCCACAAUUAUUGCCAAAACCCAAUAGUUCACUGCGACCUAAAGCCAAGCAAUAUACUCCUUGAUGAAAAUAUGACAGCCCAUGUUGGAGACUUUGGAUUGGCAACGUUCCUUCUUGAAGAUUCAACACUGUCACAGACAAUAUCAGCUGGCCUUAAGGGCUCUAUUGGUUACAUUCCUCCCGAGUAUGCUUCUGGCUGCCCGGUGUCCACAUCUGGCGAUGUAUACAGUUAUGGGAUUUUACUGCUGGAAUUGUUUACAGGUAAAAGUCCAACUGAUGACAUCUUUAAGGAUGGUUUAACUAUCCAUGAGCUUGUUGCUAGGGCUUUAGCUGGGCAUAUCAUGAUGGAGAUAGUAGAUCCAUAUCUGUCAUUGGCAGAAGAAAAACACUGCAAAGAUGAGUAUGAAUCUAGUGAAAUGAAGGAGGAAACAAUUCUCAACAAUAAUCUGUCACAAAAUUCCAGUAGGAAUCUGGAUGAAUGUUUGAUUUCAGUACUGAGAAUUGGACAUUCAUGUUCCAACUCGCUUCCCUUGAAUAGGAUGCCGAUGACCAUAGUUGUGAACAAAAUGCAGGAAAUCAGAGACCUAUACUUUGGGAUUAAGAAGAACAGAAGGAAUGAAAUGGAUAUAAGAUAUUAAUUGCUCAUUUUAUCAUUUCAUUCUUGCAAUAUGGUAGGAAGUUUACCAUUCUGCUGCCUUUGUUUUAUGGUGAGAAACAAGAGUAGCUUAUACUGCCAAAUCUGCAUUGCUGUUCUGAGAUGUUGGAUCCCAUCUCUUGAUAUGUGGAAGUGUUUACAUGUGACAAAGCAGUAUAUAUGAUCAGAGAAACUGAGAUAGAUGUCUUUGGUUCUGUAUAUAAGCAGGCUGAGGUUAUAUCAUCAUUUGUCCAUCCGGUCCUGUACUUGAACUGAAUUUUUGUGGUGAAUUUCAAGUUUCAACUAGAAUAAAAUUGGUGUUA